CUCAUAGUUACUAUAAAGUCCCUCGGUUCAGGUUUCGUUCGCGCCGUUCUGAUUUCUCUCAGCUCCAUCAACUCGUAAGCGCCUACAAGACGAAAAUGAAGAGCCAAGGAGAGCGUGUCAGACUGUACGUGAGAGGGACAAUCCUUGGAUACAAGAGGUCCAAAUCAAACCAGUAUCCUAACACCUCUCUUAUUCAAAUUGAGGGAGUUAACACCAAGGAAGAGGUAGCAUGGUAUUGUGGCAAGCGAAUGGCAUAUAUUUACAAGGCCAAGGUUAAGAAGAAUGGAUCCCAUUACCGCUGUAUUUGGGGUAAGGUUACCAGGCCUCAUGGUAACAGUGGUGUUGUCCGAGCAAAGUUCAAAUCAAAUCUUCCACCCAAAUCAAUGGGGGCUAAGGUUAGAGUAUUCAUGUACCCAAGCAAUAUAUGAGGUUCUCUGGAGAUGAUGCUUAGUAGAAUUUCAUAUUUGACAAGUAGCACAUGGAGUUCUGUUCUUUUUGUGAGCUAAAUUUAUCUGUCUUUUGUACUUUGGAGCACAAUUAAGUUUUGUUAGGAUGGUGAUAUGAUUGAAUGUUUAUCUUCUGUGUUUGCUAUAUUCUCAAUGAAGAUUAUAUAUCCGUCGCUGAAAUGCGUUUGAGCU